UGACGUCACCAGUCUGCCUCUCACUCCCUUCCUGCUGCAUCACAACAGCCGUUAGUAGCUCGAGUAGCACUAAGUGAACCGGGGCUACAGGAUAUCUGCAGCCAACACGUUGUUAAAAACAAACUCUAUUGACGCUGCAGCACUCAACAACAUCCUAACACGGGGCUUGACCGACAGGGACUGGUUGCAGCGCGAUAACCCCGCUCCAGCUGUUGGGAUAUGGCCAGGCCGGAACAGGUUCUGCUCUUGGAGCCUCAGCACGAACUCAAAUUCAGAGGUCCGUUCUCAGACGUGGUCACCACAAAUCUCAAGCUCUCCAACCCUACAGACAGGAAUGUGUGUUUCAAGGUGAAGACGACAGCACCGCGCCGGUACUGUGUGCGGCCAAACAGUGGAAUCAUAGAUGCAGGCACCUCAAUCAACGUCUCAGUUAUGCUUCAGCCUUUUGACUAUGACCCCAAUGAGAAGAGCAAACACAAGUUCAUGGUCCAGUCCAUGCUAGCACCCCCUGACAUGACGGACAUGGAGGGCGUGUGGAAGGAGGCUAAACCCGAGGAGUUAAUGGACUCCAAGCUGAGGUGUGUUUUUGAGAUGCCAGUGGAGAACGAAAAGACGCAUGACAUGGAGUCCAACAAGAUGAUGUCGUCCAGCUUGCUGAAGUCAGAGUCCUCCGUGCUGCCUCCAAAGUCUAUGAGCUCCACCCUUGAUGACGGCGAGGUGAAGAAGAUCAUGGAGGAGUGUAAGAGGCUGCAGAUGGAGGCUCAGAGGCUACGGGAAGAAAACAAACAGAUUAGGGAGGACGAUGGUCUGCGGAUGAGGAAGAGCAACGUGAUGUCAUCUCAGCACACCUCAGUUGGCAUGAAGAAAGAGGAGGGGUUGAGCGCCCGCAUGAUGGCCCUCAUCGUGCUCUUCUUUGUGGUGGGCCUCAUCGUCGGCAAGUUGGUCUUGUAGAGCGCGGGCGCAGUCGGAUCAGCCGCAGCAUGCUUUUCGGGGGAUGAAAACAAACGCGGGAUCUGGGAUUUUGGAUCAGAAAUGCCAUAUCCGCUGGGUGGGGGGUGGUACUAGUUUUGAUUCAGUCUCAUUUAUGUAAAAAAAUUCAAAGGUAAUGUAUGAGGAAAAAAAAAAAGAAAAAAAUAUUCAUCAUCUUAUGAACAAACCUACUGUUACAGGUCUUGCCUCUACGUAAUCAUCACAUAAUCAUUCUGGCCCUCUUCCCAAAGUUUCAUGUAUACCGAUGACUGGUUCUGUGGGUGGGGGGGUGGGGGUGAUGGAAACAUGAUUUAAUGCUAGUGAUUCAGACCAAUGGUUUUUCUAACACCGGCGAGAUAGUGUUGCUGCGAUUGAAUCAGUUUGCAAAUUGUGCGAAUGUCAUUUUAGUGUAUUAUUAGUGUUGUUUCUUUUCUAAAUGACGGAGGCCAGAGCCUAUGUAUAUGUAUACGUAGUCCCCCCACUGUACAGUAUAUCCAGGUGUUCCUUCCAGCUAAACCCCCUUUAAGGAAGGAAUGUACCAGAGAGAUGAUCCAGACAGUCGGGGUUACACACAGGGCUAUCAAACUGACUCCUUCAAUCAGAGGCGUUGUAAAAUCGGCGUGUCUUUGAUUGUAGAACAACCUUGAUCAGUGUAUGAAACACUAUACCAUAGGUGUUUUCUUUCCUCGUGUCCUUUUUCUUUUCACUCUACCUUAUUCCCAUCACCUGUCACUCAGUGCUCACCGCAUCCCCAGUUGUCAGAGGGGGAUGUUUGAUUGCAUGCGUUCACACAGUGUUGCAUUUGGACUUCUGAAUCUAAUUUAAUUGCUUUUAUAAUGGUGAUAAUAAUAUGUCAUUUGGCUGUAGGUUGCACAACUACAUUUUCUGAUUUUUUUUUUUUUCUCUUUCUCUCUCUUUUUUGUGUUUUAUUGCAUUUUUAUGAUUUUAAAUAAAUUUUGUUGUUUAGGGUUUAAAGCAUUUAAGAAUAUUGCAGCUACCUGAAAUGAGCUCCAGAUUUGUAGGAUUAGAUCAUUUCUCUAAGUGUUCUCCAGAUGAAAACCUUGCCUUGUGACCUGUUUGGGCAAGUUAUUCUCAGGCCAAGAUGGAGAUAUAUAUAUACAUUACAUUUGCAUAUAUACACACACACACACACAAACACACACACAUACACACAUAAAGCAUGCAUACAUACAGUGAGAACCCACAAAUGAAUAGAAGGUGCAUGUAGAGGCAAACGGUUAUGUGUUUCCCUGACGACACCGAGGUCCUGUUUCAGUGUCCUAACAAAGGGACCUUAGUCUUUUCCAGCUCUUUUUUUGUUUUCUCAUAUUUUCCAACUGAGCCAUGCAUUUGUUGACAUUCUGUUUUGAUUGGGGCAAAUGUAUGUCAGAGAUCCACUGAGUGUUUUAAGCUGCAUGCUCCAGCUCUCCACUGCUGGUGAGCUUGCCUGUUUUAUUUUUUUAUUUUUUUUUUUUACUCCACUGCAGGCCUGUGUUCAGUUUUGGUGUUUGUUCAGCAUUUAUCCGUUGCUUAUUAAUGUUAUAUCCUCACUGCAUUUGAAGUUGUGUUCAUUUUUUAAUACACUAAGGUUAAGAGUGUCUCCUUUGAUCUUCCUGCAGCAUACAACAUUUAUUUAAUUUUUUUUUUCUCGAGUGAAAAGGGGGGGGAGGAUGCAUACAGCUUAGCUUUAGCCUUGAGGGACCACAUGAUGACAUUGUACUGUUCCAGAGCCGUAGGUUAUUUUUGGUCAAAAACAAUACUCUCAAAUUGUUUCAUCUCCAAAUUUGCAUAUUGAGGAAGACUAAAAAGCAGAGAGUCACUCUACUUAUUUACUUAUUCAAUGAAGAGCACAGUUGGUCACAUUUUUAUGCCACUGUAUCCACAAAUGAUGCAUAACCAAAUGAGUGAAAUGGAGAAGUAUAUUCCCUUUUGCUAAAUUGAAAGAAAAAUGAUGAUGAUGAUGAUGAUGAUAUCUUUUAAUGUUAAGUGGAGUGGGAAGACAAAGAUCUGACUGAUGGGUAAGACAUUUAAAAUAAACAUGAGCGUGUGUUUCUACUGUAUCUCUGUAAAGUUGUUGGUUUGAGGAUGACUUGCUACUUAGAGGGAGGGCAGAGCAGACCUGAGCUAAAGUCCCAUCUUGGAUUAUCAGACCUGCGUCAUAUAGUGUUUGCAGAAAAUUCUUAUUGUUCACUGUAUCCUGGUUGGAGUAUCAGAACAUUUUAGAUAAUAUAAAUAUUUCAAUGUGAUUUAAGAAUUUGACUUUACCACUGUUCUGCCCAGAUGCAGUAAACCCCACCAAUUUGGUACUCCAAGUAGGAUUAAACAAACAAUAAUAAUUACAUGUAAAUACUAACUGAUCCAGACGAGGUUGUAAAACACACUACAAUGACCUGUCCUGGAGUCUCUGACCAUCACCGUGAUCAAUGUAAGCAGUCGGGAAACAGUUUUGUAUGUAUAUAAAUAAAUAAAUAAAUAAAUAAGUCUAUCUGAGAAGAAGAUUAAUAUUCCUAGUCAAGUAGUCUCUCUGGUGUAUAAAAACAACCCAACCUGGUUGGACUAUGUAGCAUCUUAAUAAAUUAAAUGAAUAAAGCCCCUA